AUGAUUGUUGACUCAACAUUGAUUUCGUCCUUGAGUUGGGUUCCAAACCUCCAUCCAUCGAGUCAAGUAAUUCGCUAUCGGAAAUUGUUCCGCCGCCUAUCUCAUGCUUCUUGUUUCUCCGAAUUGGUUCCUAGUGUCAGUCAAUCAAGAUUCACCAUUACGAGAGGGAAGAGCCUUUACUUUAGGUUAGGCCGGUCUCGUCAUUCACGCAAUUUCCUCGUCCAUCGAUCGAUCGCGCGAGUACGCAUCCAGUCAGCACAUAGCGAACGAAAAAAGCGUUCAUCCUGGAUUCUUUUCCUGAAAAAAAAUGUCUAUCAUGAUAGCAUGCCUAUUCAUUCGGUCAAAGUCUCCACGGCCUUUUCACGCCCUUCUACUGAGAGGUGUACCAUGUUGAUAGGAAUCGGCAAAGACCUUCUUUUACACGUCCUCGAGGGCAGCAUUCAUGGCAAUCAUCACUAG